AUGUCGUUCCUCAUCGAGACCACCGGCCGCCGUCUGGCCACCCUCCCCCGCGUCAUCCCUAGAACCUUUGCCGUCGCGCCCAGGUCCUUCACCACCACCGUUCCCGCUCAGAAGUCUGCGACCGAGACCGUCAAGGAUGGCCUGAAGACUGUCGACCGUAAGGUCAGCGACAAGCUCGUCGACGGCAUUGACGUCGGAGCCAACGUCGCCGAGAAGGUCAAGCAGGCCGUUCCCAACACAACGGGCGAGGCUAAGGGCAAGGCUCAGGAGCUCAAGGGCGAGGCCAAGGGCAAGGUCAACGAGCUGUCGGGCCAGGCCAAGGGCAAGGCGCAAGAGCUUAAGGGCGAAGCGGCCGGCAAGACCAAGGGCGCCGCCGACCAAGUGAAGGGCACCGCCGACCAGGUUAAGAAGAACCUGUAA